AUGGCCUGCUACGACCUGUACCCCUCCUCUGCCUGUGGCGUCAUCCAGCCCCAGCCCGUGGCCGGCAGCGGGAACGAGCCGUGCGUCCGCCAGUGCCCCGACUCCACCACCGUGAUCCAGCCUCCCGCCGUGGUGGUCACCUUCCCCGGCCCCAUCCUCAGCUCCUUCCCGCAGGAUUCCGUGGUGGGAUCUGCUGGAGCUCCCGUCCUGCCGGCCUCCGGAGCCUCCCUGGGCUAUGGGGGCUAUGGGUCCCUGGGCUAUGGGGGUCUCUAUGGAUAUGGGGGUUACGGAUCCCUGGGCUACGGGGGCCUGUGGGGCUAUGGGGGUCUGGGUUCCUGUGGUGGGUACCGGGGCCUGUAUGGCUUUGGGAGAUCCUUUGGCUCCUGCAGCCCCUGGUCCUCCCGCUACGGCCGCUACCGCCGUGGCAGCUGCGGCUCCUGCUAAACCCGAGGGAAAAAUCCUCUACUCGGCAAAUGACACCUGUGGAUCCUCACCUGAGCUCCUGAGGAAGGGGAAGAGCAUCAGAACUUGACUUCAGACCAUGGAGUCAGAACCCCUCUAGAAAUUCUCCUUUUUGUUUCCUCCUUCUUUUGUUCAUUCUCCUCUUCCCCACCCCUUCCAAUGGCCAAAUGUGCGGCUCCACCGUCCUCUGGCUUCUCCCUGAAAUUCCUGCCUCCUGCCUCAAGGCUGAGGGAGUAGCUUUAGUGAGGAAAAACCUGCUUGUCUUUGCCUCCUGUGUCCUCACCCAGUGGGGCCUUCCCUGCCCUUGCAAUAAAAAAGUCCU